AUGGCCUCUGCAACCAGCCCUCAAGAUUCAUCCUCUGUCUCCCACGGAGAGACCACCCCUGUCCCACCUGUUACAGAUGUUUCUUCACAGUCGACCAUGGCCCCUAUGGUCUCUAUCUCCGCCCUUUCACCUCCCACCUUACCCUCUCUUCCAUCUGUAAAUCAACCUAUUGUUGUCAAACUUGAUGAGCACAACUUUGUUGUUUGGCAAAACCAAAUGCUCAAUAUCAUCAUUGUUAAUGGUUUAGAGGAUUUUGUCAAUGGAACUCAUCCCUGCCCUGACCCGAAUGCUUCCAACCCAGUUGACCCAGUCAAUCUGACUGUUCAAACAUGGCAUUGGUACAACCGAUUAGUGAUGAGUUGGAUUUACGCCUCCAUAAAUGAAUCUAUGCUUGGACAAAUCGUUGGCUAUCGCACGGCUGCUGAUAUUUGUCUUGCGCUUGAGCAAAUCUAUGUCGCUGCUUAUCUUUCCCAGAUUUUCGAGAUUCGUACCCAACUUCAGACUCUUAAGAAGGAUGGUCUUACUGCUUUUGCAUAUAUUCAAAAGUUCCGAGUUCUUUGUAACAUCUUGGCCUCGGCAGGUGAACUAGUUUCUUACAUAGAUCAGCUUCUCUAUUUUCUCAAUGACCUGGGUCGGGAGUAUAAUGCUUAUGUUUCUCCCAUCCAAGCUUGA